CCGCUUGCCCAGGCACUUGUUGAUGAGCGUUGCAUGAACUUAUCAGAAAAAGAAGUUAUGGAUCUCUUUGAAAAAAUGAUGGAAGACAUGAAUCUGAAUGAAGAACGUAAAGCUCCUUUAAGAGAUAAAGACUUCACCACAAAACGCGAGAUGGUUGUCCAAUACAUUUCUGCAACUGCCAAAUCUGGUGGACUGAAAAACAGCAAGCAUGAAUGCACACUGUCCUCGCAAGAAUAUAUUCAUGAAUUGCGAUCUGGAAUUUCAGAGGAAAAGCUUCUUAAUUGUCUAGAGUCUUUGAGAGUGUCUCUAACUAGCAAUCCAGUCAGCUGGGUUAACAAUUUUGGACAUGAAGGUCUUGGACUUCUCUUGGAUGCAUUGGAAAAGCUUCUGGACAAGAAACAGCAAGAAAGUAUUGAUAAGAAGAAUCAACAUAAACUUAUCCAGUGCCUCAGAGCAUUUAUGAACAAUAAAUACGGAUUGCAAAGGAUUCUAGGAGACGAAAGAAGUCUCUUGCUGUUAUCAAGAGCAAUUGACCCAAAGCAACCACACAUGAUGACCGAAACAGUGAAAAUACUUUCUGCUAUCUGCAUUGUUGGAGAGGAAAAUAUUCUGGACAAGCUUUUAGGUGCGAUAACAACUGCUGCCGAAAGGCACAAUAGGGAACGUUUUUCUCAGAUUGUUGAAGGGCUGGAAAAGCAUGAAUUCUUACAGCUGCAGGUAGCGUGUAUGCAGCUCAUCAAUGCCCUUGUUACAUCUCCAGAAGAUCUUGAUUUCAGGAUACACUUGAGAAAUGAGUUUUUACGUUGUGGUCUGAAGAAAAUAUUGCCUGUCUUGAAAGAUAAGGAAAAUGAAGAGCUUGAUAUUCAGCUGAAAGUGUUUGAUGAGAACAAAGAAGACGACUUAAUUGAACUGUCACAUCGUCUCAAUGAUAUCAGAGCUGAAAUGGAUGAUGUGAAUGAAGUAUUUCAUCUGCUGUAUAACAUGUUGAAAGAUACGUCUUCUGAAAAUUACUUCUUGUCAAUUCUCCAACAUUUUCUUCUCAUCAGGAAUGAUUAUUAUGUCCGACCUCAGUAUUACAAGAUAAUAGAAGAAUGCGUAUCACAGAUAGUAUUGCACUGCAGUGGCAUGGACCCGGAUUUUAAAUGUAGAGGAAGAAUGGACAUGGAUUUUACUCAUCUUGUUGAUGCAUGUGUGGACAAAGCUAAAGUAGAGGAGAGUGAAAAGAAAGCAGUAGAAUUUUCCAGAAAGUUUGAUGAAGAAUUCACAGCUCGUCAAGAGGCACAAGCGGAGCUUCAGAAACGAGAAGAGAAAAUCAAAGAACUUGAAACAGAAAUCAAACAGCUACGAACCCAGGGUCCUCCAUUACCUCCAACCCUUCCAAGUGAGACUGCGCCACCAUCUCCAGCAUCUGCACUACCUGGUGGAGCAGCACCUCCUCCACCACCUCCACUGCCUGGUGGAGCAAUACCUCCUCCUCCGCCGCCACGGCCUCCUCUACCCGGUGGGGUAGUACCGCCGCCACCGCCUCCCCUACCCGGUGGGGUAGUACCGCCGCCACCGCCUCCCCUACCCGGGGGGGUAGUACCGCCGCCACCGCCUCCCCUACCCGGUGGGGUAGUACCGCCGCCACCGCCUCCCCUACCUGGUGGGGUAGUACCUCCGCCACCGCCUCCACUACCUGGUGGAGCAAUACCACCACCGCCUCCGCUGCCUGGAGGGGCAGCACCUCCUCCACCGCCUCCACUGCCUGGUGGGGCAGUACCUCCUCCUCCACCUUGUGGGGUAGUACCUCCGCCACCGCCUCCACUACCUGGUGGAGCAAUACCACCACCGCCUCCGCUGCCUGGAGGGGCAGCACCUCCUCCACCGCCUCCACUGCCUGGUGGGGCAGUACCUCCUCCUCCACCUUUUGGUGGGCCUCCAAUGCCACCACCUCUUGGAGGUGUUCCUUUUGCUCCCUUUCUGGUGACACCAGCAUUACCACAUGGGAUGAAGGAGAAGAAAAAGUAUAAGCUGGAAGUCACAAUGAAGAGAAUCAACUGGUCAAAGAUCGAGCCUCGAGAGAUAGCAGAAAGCAGCUUUUGGGUAAAAGCUGAAGAAGAUAAAUUUGAAAACCCAGAACUGCUUGCAAAAUUGGCACUUACCUUUGGAACACAAAUGAAAGGUACAAAGGCUAAAAAGGCAGUAGAAGAAUCGGAAGAAAAGAAAAUGGGUCAGUCAAAGAAAAAGAUUAAAGAAUUAAGAGUUUUGGAUGGAAAAGCCGCACAAAACUUAUCAAUAUUUUUGGGUUCUUUCCGUUUGCCUUAUGAAGAAAUAAAAAAUAUCAUUUUAGAAGUUGAUGAAGAGAAGCUGAGUGAAUCCUUGAUUCAGAACCUAGUGAAGAAUCUUCCUGAGCAGAAGGAACUCAAUGCCUUAGCUGAACUAAAGGAUGAAUAUAAUGAUCUUGCUGAGCCAGAACAAUUUGGAGUUGUGAUGAGUUCAGUGAAAAAGUUGCAGUCGCGUCUCAAUGGGAUCCUUUUCAGGCUUAUGUUUGAAGAGCACGUAAACAACAUCAAACCUGACAUUAUGGCGGUUACGCUGGCUUGUGAAGAGCUGAAGAAGAGUGAGGGCUUUAGUAAGCUUUUAGAGUUAGUGCUCUUCCUUGGAAACUACAUGAACUCUGGCUCCAGAAAUGCACAGUCUCUUGGUUUUAACGUCAGUUUUCUUUGCAAGAUUCGAGAUACUAAAUCAUCAGAUCAGAAAACAACCCUAUUACAUUUUGUGGCAGAAAUCUGUGAGGAGAAUUACCGGGACAUCUUAAAAUUUCCAGAUGAAUUGCAGCAUGUGGAGAGUGCAAGCAAAGUUUCAGCCCAGACUCUGAAGAGCAACCUUGAUUCAAUGAACCAUCAGAUCAAGCGCCUAGAAGAUGACAUUGAGAAUUUCCCUAAAACACAGGAUGAACAUGAUAAGUUUGUAGAAAAGAUGAGCAGCUUUGCUGAGAGUGCCCGAGAGCAGUAUGAAAAAUUGUCCAACAUGCACAACAACAUGAUUAAGUUGUAUGAAAAUUUGGGAGAAUACUUUACCUUUGAUCCCAAAGUAGUAAGCAUAGAAGAAUUCUUUGGUGAUCUGAGCAACUUCAGAACUCUGUUUUUGGAGGCGUUAAAAGAAAACAACAAAAGAAGAGAACUGGAGGAGAAAACGAAGAGAGCCAAAUUGGCAAAAGAGAAGGCAGAACGAGAGAAACUGGAGCGACAGAAGAAGAAGCAGCAGUUGAUUGAUAUGAACAAAGAGGGUGAUGAGACGGGCGUGAUGGAUAGUCUGCUUGAAGCCUUGCAGUCGGGAGCAGCAUUCAGAGAUCGCAGGAAACGAACACCAAGAGGACAAGGAGAAUUUGAACCAUCAUUUGCAGAAAAUGUUUGUCUCUACCAUGAUGACAAAAAACAGAAAGGAGAAAAAUCUAAAACAACAAUUGACAAUCUUGAAAUUAUAUCAAGAAUUAGUCUGCUGGUGAAGGCGCUUGUCCCCACUGAGAGCGAGUAUCACUAG